AUGUCCAACGACGAUACUACAAGGCCACAAGUUGGUCCCAAGACCCCAUAUCUGGUGUACGGAACAGCGUGGAAAGAGGAGAAAACGGGAGAGUUUACGGAGACGGCUUUUCGACAUGGCUUUACUGGCGUGGACACGGCAAAUCAUCCUACGGCUUAUAACGAGCCCUUGACGGGAGAUGCCAUUGAAGCGGUGUUGAAAUCUGGCGUCAAGCGCAGCGACCUGUUUAUCCAAACCAAGUUCACACCUCUCUGGGCUCAUGACAAGAGCAAGAUCCCCUUCAACCCCGACCAGAGCCUCGAGGGACAGAUCCGACAAUCUAUACAGCAGAGCUUCGAUCAUCUCAAAGUCGACUACUUGGACGCCUUUAUGCUUCACGCCCCGUUCCAAAACGAAAACGACAACCUCGUGGCCUGGAAGGUCUUUGAAACCUACGUGCCCGAUAAGAUUCGGUGCCUUGGAGUCUCGAACUUCUCACUGCCACAGCUCAAGCGAAUCUACGAAAAUUCAACUGUAAAACCGCUGGUUGUCCAGAACCGUUUUCAUAGAGACACCUCAGCUCCUGAGCUCCGUGGCCGAGAAAUUUCAGGUCGAGAAGGAACUUGCAUUCUACCUUUUAAUACUCGGCCUCGGCGGUACCCAGGUGCUUAA